GGCAAAAAGCAGCAAGAAACGCAAGGUCCAUAGCAACCACGCCGAAAAUCGAAAGCCCACGAGACCGCCACUGCGAAAAGACGCAAUCAAAUCCAAAUCUGCGUCGAGACAGCAGCAGCAGCCAUCAUCCAAAUCAGCGAAAGUGCAGCAUCCGAAAAGCCAUAUACCCUUUCUAGACUCGGACCGCAUCCUCCUCAUCGGCGAGGGCGAUUUCUCUUUUGCCAAGAGCAUCGUCCAAGAACACGGCUGCUACGACGUCACGGCGACAUGCUACGUCUCGCAAGACGUCCUGUUUGAGAAAUACAAGCCGCAAGUAGAAGAGCACGUGCGAUAUCUUGACGAAGAAGGACAACAUGUCGUCUACAACGUCGACGCCACUAAGCUGGACAAGAACAAAUCGCUGGCCAAAGCAGUCGCGACAGGAGGGAGAUUCAAUGUCAUUCUCUUCAACUUUCCCCACGUCGGCGGGAAAUCGACCGACGUGAAUAGACAAGUGCGCUUCAACCAAGAACUUCUCGUCGAAUUCUUCCAAAGCUGCCAGAUGCUCCUUUCGCACGAGGCAAAAGUCGUCGUUACCUUGUUUGAAGGCGAGCCAUAUACGCUGUGGAACGUGAGAGACCUGGCAAGACAUGCUGGGCUCGAAGUUAUGACGAGCUUCAAGUUUUUCGCCGCAGCGUAUCCGGGAUAUCAACAUGUUCGGACGUUGGGCAACAUUGAGGGAGGAGGUGGGUGGAAGGGAGAGGAGAGGGAGGCGAGGAGUUAUGUUUUCGGGAUCAAGGGACAACAAGGACAAAUGCAGACUCAAGGCAGGGAUGGGAAAGAGAAGACGCAGAAGGAAAUGCAGAAAGAGAUGGAGAGACAGAGGAGGGUCAGGAUGGGAGAGGUUUCUGCUUUGGAUGAAACGAGGAAGAGGAAGAGGAGGGACGAGGAUAGUUCAAGCGAUGAUGAGGACUGAAGCUCGUUCGGGAUGUCCAUCUACGACGGCUUCUGGCAGGUCUCAGCGAGAAAGAUGGCAACGACUGAAGCGGGGAUAGUCGAGCACGUGGAUAGCGCGGCUACCGCACGCACUCCACUGCCUCGCGAAAGGUGACGGAGAGUGCUCGACUCAGGUCAUCAGACCUAUGAAGUCGUCCCGACGACGGGAAGGUUCCAGCGUUCUCCAAUGCUUGUGAAGACACAUGCCGACAUCUGCACACCCACAGUGGAAGGGGGGGGGGGGGGUGCAGGGGAAAUUAGGCGUACAGUGGGAGGCCAGUAGACGUCGUGGCCGUGGAAGCGUAGACAAUGGCGUCUGCUCGCCCACUGAUUCUGCUCUGCGCCGUUUCUGCUGAUGCGAAAGAAUGGAAAGUGGGAGAUGGCGACCCACCGGGUGGAAGUAGAGCCGAGCCGACCGCCGGAGAGCCCGUCCCCGUCAAGUGUCGAGAGCGAGACACGAGAGGUCCAAUUUCCGCCGUGGGCUUGGCUUGGCGUUUACAUGACCACCCACCUCCCCGAACUUGCGCGACAUACCUACAACCUCAGGUAUACCUAGUACCUACAACCUCAGGUAUCAUGUGUGUCCCUAGGUACAGGUACCUUAGUUCUAUUACCAACACUGUAAGAGAUAGAUACAGCACAUUUGUGGGCAUCUUUUCUCCCUCUCUCUCUCCUGCUGCCUUCAGGAGCAUGGCAAGAAACAUGAAGUGGAUCCAGCAGCGAGGACAGUACCACGGUAUGGCACACACACCCUCCUCACCCUCAUCACGCUUAUUCCACGAUCACCGCCAAGCACUUCCUCAUCCCGCCACGCACGUUGCUGCGCGCCCCGUCGAUGCAGGUCCCGCGAGCCUGUGAAUGGCCGAGUUUGACGCGUCCCGAACAUUCCAUCCUUCCCUUCCACUCUCCCACUCCACUUUCCUCUCACUCUCCAUCCUCCAUCCUCUCACUCCUCCUCUCACUCUCACCCUCCCGAUCGCCACCCAAACGUCUGUCCCAUACCACUCGCCGCCUGAUGAGUCUCCAACGUCGUCGACCAUGCAAACCACUGGGCCGAGGGGCGUCCAAUCUCCCACGAGGCGACGCGAUUCCUACAGUGUCAGUGUCAGUGUCAGUGCCAGUGUCCUGUCGCUCCGUCGUGGUGGUAUAUGAAGCAGCCCACUCCUGUCCUCGCUGUCUCUCUCCUCCCUCCUUCCCUCCCACUCACUCUCCUCCUCUCAUCAGCGUCCGCUUCCGCCAGAAGAGUCUGUCGCUGUUUGCCCGUCUGUCUCUUCCUCCCGCACCCUCACCUUCGUUAGCACCCCACAUUCGUUUGAUCUGCUUGAUACCACCACCACCACCACCACCACCGCCGCCUCGCUCGCCAUGUACUUCAGCCCUUCUCUCAUCGCCGCUCUGGCUUCCGGUGCCCUUGCUCUGCCCAAUUACGGCUCCCCAGCCGAGACCACCAGCACCACCUGCACCGAGGAAGAGUCCAAGCCCACCUUCUCCGCUGUCAGCACUUACUCUCCCCCAGCGCCCGUCUACUCCACGCCCGUUGACCCGCCUUCGUAUCCGCCUCCUGCGCCCGAGUAUGACGACGCAGAGGAGGACGAUUGCACCGAGGAGUGGGAGGAGGAGGGAGAGGGAGAGGGCGAGGGCGAGUACCCUUCUGCCACCUACCCUGCUCCGAGCCACUAUACCUCGGCUGCGGAAGGUUACUCUUCUGCUGCUGGCUACUCCUCUGCCACCGCCCAUCCCGGCUACUCUUCCUCUGCUGGCGGCUACUCCUCUGCGAGCGUUUAUCCGGGCCACUCCUCCGCUACCGGCGGAUAUGGCGGACACUCCUCUGCCGAGUAUGGUGGAUCGUCUUCUUCUACUGCCGGGUACUACUCCUCCAAGCCAAUAUACUCCAGCCACCCAGUCAAGCCUACCUACCCGACACCAAGUCCCUUGUAUCCCUCGGUGAAGCCUACCUACCCAUCGUCAAGUCCCCUCUACCCAUCGGGCAACAAUAGCACCUUGCCAUCAGGAAUCCCGACGCCAACCUUGGGACCGACACCUCCCAUCUUCACAUCCACUUCUGUUCCAUCGACCACUUCGACCAUCCGUGACCCGUUGACAUUGACCGGCUCCCUCACCUUCAGUGUCCCAUCGAACUUCACGAGCACCUUCACCAUCAGUGACCCGGUAACCUUCACGAGCACCUCCACCAGCAGUGCUCCCACCACCACCCCCACUGAUGAUCCUGGCUGUGGCUCCUCCGAGAACCCAUGCGACGGAGGGGAAGUGCCGUGCGAGGGCUGUGAUGGUAGCCCCAUUGACGGCGGCAUUAUUCCCAACCCAGAGGGACCUGAUGACAACGGAGGUGACGAGAACGGAGAUGGUGUCUUGACCGAUGCCGAGAUUUGCGGCGCCAGCAACAUCCCAUCAUGCUGCACUCCACCCACUACGGCGGACGACAAUCUCUUUGUCCCGGGCGCAUCUUGCUCAGUCACUGACCCUAUCAGCGGUUGCCCUGCUGGUGCCACGUACUGCUGCCCACUCAUUGAUGAUACACAAAACAUCGACACCACCCAGCAGUGUGCGCUCAUCAACCUGUUCCUUCAAUGAGCAUGGUGAGCGAACCUCGAUAAUGGAGUGCGCUGGUGGGCCCAGCACUACACAUAGCAUGACUCGGGAGGUGCCCUCAGAAUGCUGCAGUGAUGAGCGCGUGACGGACUGACAGAGGCAAUUGCACAUAUAUUAGUUUCCAUAAUGUUUUCCCGAGAAGGCGUAAUAGAGACCACUUUGCUUCCCACAUGUCAUUGCUGUCGUCGUUGGUGUCCCAUCCGACUUCUCAUGACAUCUGUUGCUGAUACAUUUGUACAUGGGGCAAAGAUCCGGCACCGCGUGAAAAUG